AUGCUCGAGAUUUUAGGGUACGCGGCGGAGGAGACGCUCAGCGCGGAAGCCAUGGAGUGGGCCGUGCAGAUGGCGCGGGGGAUUGAGCAUGUGGAUCCGGGGAAUGUGCUCCCGACGGCGUAUGUGUCGUUGUAUAAUACUGCCGCUGCUGCUGCUGCAUCAUCUAAUGAGGUGCUGCGGAGAGUGUAUGGAGACAAGGCUGUGAUUGUACGACAUCUGAAGAGGGGGUUUGAUCCGGGGAAUGUGUUUGGGCUGAGGGUGCCGUCGUUGUAG